AUGCUGCUCCGCCGGCUGUACUCUGCCUGCCCCCACCGCCACACCCUCCGCCACCCCCCCGCGCCCCUCCCCCAGACCCGCGGCCGCACAAAGCCCCGCCUCGCCCUCCCCAAGCCCCGCAGUCGCCACACCACCACCCUCUCCAAGCCUCUCCCCGCCAUCACCGCCGGCCGAGGUCGCAAACCCCGCCUCUCCUUCUCCUCCCACUCUGAAACCUCUUAUCCGACCGUGCCCGAGCCGGUGCAGGCGCACAUCCCGCGAACUCCUCGCCUGAGCUAUACCCACGCUUCGCCCGCGCUGAACCAUACCAACGAAUUCACCCCCAUCUUUCUCUACCCCGAGCAAUUCAAGCUCCACACCGCAUUCACCCACCCUUCCCACCCCCUCCCCUUGUUCAACGGUACCCGAGGAUAUACCCAGUCCAGCCCAGAGGAGGGAGAGAAUGGGGGAGAUAUAUUUAUGAAGCCGGUGGCAAAAGCGCCCAAGAUGGGGGGAGGAGCGAUGGCAGACCACCUGAAUGUUGUCAACUCUCUGCCCAUGGCUUCGGGGCAGUCUGAACAUGGUGAAGUGUUUGGGACGCCCGAGAUGGACGGCGCGUCCAUCACCGCUUUCCUCGAGAACCGCGCUAAAGACCUGGCGCGCGUGAACGACUCGGAGUGGAACAAGGUCAUGGCGAUGAUGGAUGGCAAGCUCCUUUCUGUCCAGGCCGAGAAGCAGGAGAAGAAGAUGGAGUUGGAGAAGGGUAUCAGCUUGGACGACGUCGUCGGAGACCUUGAAGGGAUGCUGGCAAAGAUGCAAGUGAGUCAGGGGGACGAGGUGCACAUGGACAGUGUCAAGAGGAAGAGGAGAAAGAAGAUUUCAAAGCACAAGCACAAGAAGAGAAGAAAGGCUACGCGCGCUUUGAGAAAGAGGCUUGGCAAAUAG